AUAAAUAAUAAAAUGAUCGUGGAAACGGCAAUUAAGUUAUUAACGGAUUCAUUGUUGAAUUGUACAGAUGGACCUUUCGUAGUGCCUUCGGCGGAUAUCGAUCGAUUAUACGUGAUAAUAAUAGUGAUCGCAACAAUCACCUCAUUGAUAACGUUAUCGUUGGGUAUAUUACAUUUGGUGUAUGUGUCCUUUUACGUGACACAUCGAUAUCGAAGGGCAUUCAUUAUUUAUCUGGCGGGGACGGCGCCGUUCGUUUCGAUAUUUUCGCUAAUCGCAAUGUAUAUGCCACGUGUAUGGUUUUUAUCGCAUCUGCUUAGCUUUUUUUAUUUUUCGAUCGCGUUAUGGAUAAUAAUUUGUUUAUUGAUGAAUAUUUUCGAAGGGCGUCAAAAAAUGAUUAAAAAAAUCCAAAAUGAAUGCACACGAAUCAUUGUGCAGACACCGCCGUUCUGUUGCGUGUUCCCGUGCCUGCCGAAACCGAGUUUGGAGCAAAAACGGAUACGUUUCUGUGAGCUAAUGGUAUUUCAAGCGCCGUGCGUGCGAUUAUUAUUUACGGUGUUGAGUUUGAUUUUGUAUUUUGAGUAUCAGAAUGGAGCUUUCAUUGCAUUGAAAAUGUUGGAUUUUGUAUCAUUACCGUCCUUAUUAAUUGGCAUCUAUGGAACGCAUAUUUUGGUGACGACUGUUUCGAGUUUGGAUGAACUGAUGCCAUACAGAUAUACGUACGUGUUCAGAAUGUUAGACUUUUAUUUUAUGUUCUUUGGAAUUCAACAUCCAAUAUUCGAUUUCAUGGCGCGCGCGGGCGUGUUCGCGUGCGGCACCGUGAUGCCGCCUCUCGAGACCGCUUUUUUUUGGAAGAAUUUCGUGAUAGUGUUGGAGUCGUUCUUGGUGUCGCUGAUAUCGACAGCGCUAUUGAAACCCUCGCAGAGCGCUCUCUUUGAUAAGUAUCCAUCGUGUCCGAGUGUCUCAUCUUCUAUUGUUACACAACAGACUUCCGCGUAA